CAAACAUUCGUCCGAGUUCAACCUGUUCAACCCCGAAGAUCAAUAGUUCCACCAAGCCUUGCCUUCAAGGAUAUUCCCAAGCCAGCAUUCGGCGUAUCCAUCAUAAAGACAGAUACCAAUUCUAUAUCUUCACCGAAUUGCGCCUCCAUCGCAGAUAAAUCCCUCCCACCGACGCCAUUCGGUGAAGCAUUCGGGCAUGAUGAGGGUGAAAUUUCUCCGGAUUCGUCGAAGAUGAUGCUAGAAGAAGCGGCUCUUCUACCGGUUAUUGAUGCACAUGGGGUUGAGAUGCCUUUUAGGAAUGUGUAUAUGCCGUCAAAUGCUCUGGAAAAGAAACGAGUGAUGGUUAUUUUCGUUCGGCAUUUUUUCUGUGGGAACUGCCAAGAAUACCUCCGCUCCCUCACAUCCGCCAUCCCCUCACCAUCCACAAUCCCAGACGGAACCGAACUAGUUAUCAUCGGCUGCGGCUCCCCAUCUCUCAUCACCAUGUACAAAGAAGAAACAUCCUGUCCCUUCCCCGUCUACGCGGACCCUACCAAACGAUUAUACCGCGCCCUCGGAAUGGGACGCACCCUGAACCUCGGCCGGAACGAUCCAGAAUAUAUUCAUCGCUCUCUACUUACAGGGAUGUUCCAAAGCGUCGUGCAAGGCGUCAAGCGACUCGGUGAAGGAGACGCUUUUCGAGGUGGGGAUAUGAGGCAGAUUGGUGGUGAAUUUAUCUUUGAAGCUAGUCGGGAUUGGAAAUUUGAUUACGGAAAACAAGAAGGAGCUGGAUCGGACGUCGAUGUGAAAGUAACCUGGUGUCAUCGGAUGCGGAAUACAAGAGAUCACGCAGAGAUCAGAGUCAUUUGUCGCGUUCUCGGGCUGGAAUGCGAUAGCGACAGCGAGAAGCACAAGUCGAUCAACGGAGAGGCGAAAUGGAGACGACGACGACAGCCUGGGAGACGCUGGACGGUCAAUCUCGCGCAUGCAAUGGCUGUGGCUAAUGGACAUAGACAUAGCUGGAGUAAACUCAGCAAGAGCAUUGAUGCGGGGAAGACGGGGAUUUUUGGGAAGUCGUCUAGGGGGAGUGAUUGCACUUGCGAUCAUAGCAGCAGUGCGUAGUUGCGUCCUGUUGUACUUGUGGUUUGAUUCUUUCAUAGAUACCUUCGUUGAAAUCAUAAGGGAGAUUCUGAACUGGGGUUCUUGUUAUGUUAGGAAUAGAGAUCAUCCCGUGCUGUCUCCCUCUGAUACUGAUGCCGGAAGUAUUUAUAUAUCUGAGAGAAGCAUGUUUGCGGUGCCUUUUUUUAUUGUGUGUAUUGUAUAGUCGAG